UCAUAUUCUCUUAUUAGCUGCAUACACCACUCUCUCUUCUCUUCUCUUCUCUCUUGUGUGUAACUAUUCAGCUUCGAUAAACUUGUUGGGAUGGAGGCCAAGAGCAUGAAGACGGUCGCCGUUGCAUUCAUGAUCAUGGCGCUCUCCGCCGUCGAAGCCGCUGACGCUCCGGCGCCGUCCCCCACUUCCGACGCAACCGCCUUUGUUCCCACUUUCCUCGCCUCCUUUGUGGCCAUGGCUUUUGCUUUUGUCUUCUGAUUUAUCAUCUUUACCUAAUAACCUUUCUAUUUUCUUUUACCUUUAAUUUUACCAGUACAAAUUUUUGUUCCUUGUUAACUUAUUAUUGUUGCAGUAUUCAUCACGACGGAUUUAGCUCGAGUAUUGAUUUGAUGGUGAUUUUUUGUUUUCCUUUUUCUUGUUUUCAUUUUUAUGUAGCAUCAUCUUGUUAUUAUUAAUAAGAAUUAUUGUGUUCUACUUC